GUUGCAUGCAAGCGGCGAGUGCGCUCUAUUGCAUAUUCUUCACGACAACUCCAGUCGGUCAGAUAUCUCUCUCAGAAGGAGGAAAACAACAAAAAAAAGCUACUAAUAGCGGCCAAACGCAAUGACGACGUAUUGACUCCUAUAUUGGACUUGGAGAGGGAUAAAACAUGGUUGUAUAAGGAACGGGUGCCUUUUGGCGCUGUAUACAACGCACAGGGUGCCUUUUUCAGGACUGUACAAACACCUGUCAACAACUGGAAGAUGAAGUUUGGGAAGAGCAUCUGUAUCCUUAAUGUGGGUGGCACAAAAUAUGCGUUCCCUAAGGAUGUGAUAAAGGAUUUCCCUCUGAGUAGAGUGAGCCGUUUGCACAAAUGCGCAUCAGAGAAAGAAGUACUGGAAGUGUGUGACGACUAUGACCGGGAACGGAACGAAUUUUUCUUUGAUAGGCACUCGGAGGCUUUUUGUUUCAUCAUGCUGUACGUGAAGUACGGGAAGCUACGGUUCGUCCCGCAGAUGUGCGAGCUAUCAUUCUAUAACGAGAUGAUUUACUGGGGGCUGGAGAGCUCACACUUGGAGUUUUGCUGCCAGCGGAGACUGGACAAUAGGAUGUCCGAUUCGUACAUUCAUUUCUCCGAGGAGGAAGUCAAACUCGAGGAAGAGUUGAGGGGCGAGAAUUUGGUGACUCGCGUGGUCACGGAGAGAGAGGAGUCCAAGUGGCUGGAGAGAAUGAGAAGUACUUUUGAGGAGCCGACUUCAUCAGUCGCAGCACAAAUAUUGGCCUCAGUGUCCGUUAUAUUUGUUAUAGUGUCCAUGGUGAUGCUUUGUGUGAGUACUUUGCCAGAUUGGAAAACCGCUGAGAACAACAGCGUGGAGGAGCACCAGUACAAUCCAGACUCUUUAGAGCAUCCAUCCGGGAUCAUCGAGGCUGUGUGUAUCGGCUGGUUCACCGCCGAGUGCAUCGUGCGCUUCAUCGUGUCGCGGGACAAGUGUGAGUUUGUCAAACGGCCCCUCAACAUCAUCGACCUACUGGCCAUCACACCCUACUACAUCUCCAUCUCCAUGACCAUGCUGACAGGGGAGAACUCCCAGCUUCAGCGGGCGGGCGUCACUCUGCGCGUCCUGCGCAUGAUGCGCAUCUUCUGGGUGAUCAAGCUGGCCCGUCACUUCCUGGGCCUGCAGACUCUGGGGCUGACGCUGAGUCGCUGCUACCGGGAGAUGGUGAUGCUGCUGCUGUUCAUCUGUGUGCCCAUGGCCAUCUUCAGUGCUCUAGCCCAGCUGCUGGAGCAUGGCCUGGACCUGGAGUCGCCCAACGAGGACUACGCCAGCAUCCCCGCCGCCUGCUGGUGGGUUAUUAUCUCCAUGACCACUGUGGGCUAUGGAGACAUGUACCCCAUCACUGUGCCUGGGCGAGUGCUGGGUGGCCUGUGCGUGGUGAGCGGCAUCGUGCUCCUGGCACUGCCCAUCACCUUCAUCUACCACAGCUUUGUGCAGUGCUACCAUGAGCUCAAGUUCCGCUCGGCCCGCUGCACACGGAGCCUGUCAGCAGAGUUUCUCAACUGAGGGACCACUGAUGUCGCAGUUGAUGGGGGGUUCCACCCCUCGCUACUCCCCCUGACAACUCUUCAGAGACCUCCAUCCACCCUGAAAGUGUGCAUUGAUCUGAAAUAUGGCCUCUUUCAUUCGUCUCACACUUUAUUUAACGUAUUUUGUUGAUGUAUCCCUCGUCUUGGAACAUCAGAAUAAGGGGUUAUGUGUUUUGAGGUUUGCAUAUAGCACAACCUUCUUCUUCAACAGUCAAGUCCAAAUAGGAAGUAACAUUACACGAUGGGGACAAGGACAGUUUCCACGGCUGCCAUGGUGACAGUGGUGUUCGGGGCAGAUGUCCCUGACAGGAUGUCACUGUUGGAGGGCAGCUGGAUUGUGUCAGACCAGACAGAGGCCUUCAUAUUACUGUGGAUUAUAUAGAAUUUAGCCAGUCUUACAGUACAACCUUCUUCUCACAUGGUGACAUGCCACAAAAGGGAUUUGAGUUUUAAUGUCAUUUUUAAUCCCACACUUCUGGCAGUGUCACAGCGUGAGGAUGGAAAGGUAUCAUUUCUCUUCUCUUUCUUAGAUCAUUUAUUUAUAGUAUUCCUUUGGCCAGUGAGUGAACAACAAUGCAUUACAAAGAACCAAAGUGUAUUAGUACAGUGAACACUGUCCCCUUUAAUCCUUCACUUCAACGCUCACGCUUCCCAUUUUAUUUUGCGUACACAAACCUGACAAAUAUAAAACACAACACUUUGUGAAUUUGAAUGAGCCCAUUUACAACUCAAACAUGGACAUAUUCUAAACCUAUGAACCAUUCCACCUGAAAACCAACCAACGCAAAGUGGUUUUGAAAGGUACUUUUCACAGAAACCAAGAGAAGGGGUGGGAGGGGUUGAAAAAGAGUACAGUACCGUAUGGGUCUGUCAGUUCAGCUGUGUAGGCAGGUCUUUAAUGUGGAACACGGAGCCACAGAGCGAGAGUGUGUCAUGGAGAGACGGGUGGUUCGGCUGACACCACGCAGUGCAGUGAGGAGAGGGCAUGCCUGCCUCAGCCUCGGGAGUGCUGCGAGUCUUCUGACUGGAGGAGUGGAACCAUUUGUGGCUGGUGUCAAAACUUUGGUAGCCUCUUCCUGUCACAACAAAGGCACUCUGCAAAACCACCACAGCCUUGGUAGGCACUCCUCUCAAUGUUGUUGUCUGGCCCACCCGCUUCUCCUCGACACUCUGUCGACGCCAUGUUUGGGUGGCUUGUGUGACGCAUUCGGCCUCCUUUCCUGCCAGAGUGAAUUUGGGUGACUCUGAAAAGCUUUUAUCAUGCCUUCACUCAUUUCAUUGGUGGGGAAUUGGGAAUGGGAUCAUCAUGUGUUCUCUUCACAUCAGCUGGCUUCAGGCUACACUACCUGUUAUCACUAACAAGCACCAUCUCUCUUUUCUCAGAUUGUGCAUAGCUGUGUUUGCUCUAGGACUGGGUUUUUGUGUUCGCUAACAGAAUCUGUAAAUAUAAUAUUGUAAAGGGUUUCCUCUCUGAAAACCCUCAAUCUGUUCUUGACCUCAUUUUAUCUGAAUUCUAUUUUGAACCAAAGCAGUUUUAUAUCUUCCGGAAGCACUUUUUAUAGUGGGAGCAGAAAAUGAAAGUUCAUCAAGUCAAUGUUUCAUGUAUAUGAGCGUUAUUAUCAGAGUGCUCUAUUUGAUGUGAUAGAUAUUGACUGCCGGGACUCACAGUCUAAUUGUACUAGUAAUGCUGGUUCUGUUGACACAGAUUUAGUUCCUUUGCUUUGUCCUCAGUGUUAUAGUUUCCACUAGCUGCAGACAGCCCCAGCUGCUCUUUCUGAUCUUCCCCCGCUUUCACUUGGCUGCUUUUCCAAACCCAGUAGUCACAGUGCUUUAACUGUGUUGAAUAUUGAUAAGAUUGAUUAAAACUGUUAUUUCAGAACUUUGGGCAUCAGGCACUUGAAGAAGAGAAGGCUUGACUAGACUUAAUUGACUUUGAAAAAUUUAGACUUAUUAUAUUAGUAUUUUAGUAUGCAGGGAACGGAACGAGGGUGUUGUUCAGCGGUAUUGCAAGAAUUGUAUUGCAAGAACCUGUCAUCUAAGCAUUCCUUCCUAUUCUCACUACAACUUCCCUGGAGGAAAACCAAUUUAAUUCAAACUUCAACAACUUCCAACAGGCGGAGUUUGCAAUUCCAACGGCCCUAAUAUCUCUAUGCCGACGAUGAGCUCAAACCAACAGGUGUAAUAUCCCACCAAAGAGCCUGUAGCUCAAUUGGUAGAGCAUGGCGCUUGUAACGCCAGGGUAGUGGGCUCGAUCGCCGG